AUGUCCAAGGCGAAAUUCGAAAGCGUGUUCCCCCGAAUCUCCGAGGAGCUGGUGCAGCUGCUGCGAGACGAGGGUCUGCCCCAGGAUGCCGUGCAGUGGUUUUCCGACUCACUUCAGUACAACUGUGUGGGUGGAAAGCUCAACCGAGGCCUGUCUGUGGUCGACACCUACCAGCUACUGACCGGCAAGAAGGAGCUCGAUGACGAGGAGUACUACCGACUCGCGCUGCUCGGCUGGCUGAUUGAGCUGCUGCAGGCGUUUUUCCUCGUGUCGGACGACAUUAUGGAUGAGUCCAAGACCCGACGAGGCCAGCCCUGCUGGUACCUCAAGCCCAAGGUCGGCAUGAUUGCCAUCAACGAUGCUUUCAUGCUAGAGAGUGGCAUCUACAUUCUGCUUAAGAAGCAUUUCCGACAGGAGAAGUACUACAUUGACCUUGUCGAGCUGUUCCACGACAUUUCGUUCAAGACCGAGCUGGGCCAGCUGGUGGAUCUUCUGACUGCCCCCGAGGAUGAGGUUGAUCUCAACCGGUUCUCUCUGGACAAGCACUCCUUUAUUGUGCGAUACAAGACUGCUUACUACUCCUUCUACCUGCCCGUUGUUCUAGCCAUGUACGUGGCCGGCAUUACCAACCCCAAGGACCUGCAGCAGGCCAUGGAUGUGCUGAUCCCUCUCGGAGAGUACUUCCAGGUCCAGGACGACUACCUUGACAACUUUGGAGACCCCGAGUUCAUUGGUAAGAUCGGCACCGACAUCCAGGACAACAAGUGCUCCUGGCUCGUUAACAAAGCCCUUCAGAAGGCCACCCCCGAGCAGCGACAGAUCCUCGAGGACAACUACGGCGUCAAGGACAAGUCCAAGGAGCUCGUCAUCAAGAAACUGUAUGAUGACAUGAAGAUUGAGCAGGACUACCUUGACUACGAGGAGGAGGUUGUUGGCGACAUCAAGAAGAAGAUCGAGCAGGUUGACGAGAGCCGAGGCUUCAAGAAGGAGGUGCUCAACGCUUUCCUCGCCAAGAUUUACAAGCGACAGAAGUAG